AGGGCCUCGAGGCUCUUGGGUUGAGAUCUUGGUUGCAGAUGCUCGGCAGAAAACGAGUCUAGCGCUUUCUUGCGAAGUGGGAAACCGAGUAGCUUUUUCCUCCUCGAGUUGCUGCUUCUCUGUCAAGUUGGCAAAAUUCACUGCACAGUCAAGUUGGAGAGGGCAAGGUUUGUGGUCGUCAGCAGUUCUGUGUCCUGCUUUGUAUUUACUAUUGUUUUCCUGCAAAUGUAUGUUGUCCUCUGUGUGCUCACUGCCACGUUCCUUUUGCCUCCUAGGUAUUUACAAUAUGGACUAAACCCAAGCCCAGAAAAUCUAGUAGAGGUCUCUAUACUGGCUGUUGGUUCUUUUUAAAAAGAAAGAAAAAGAAUUAAGUUUUUAGUAGCUUCUAAUUUACAUCUAAAUUUUCAUGACAAGAUGAAAUGACAGUAAGCCCCACCAACCCCUUCUCAGGUGAUUCUCUUGAUGGGUUUUAGGAGAUUCGGAGGCCUUAAAAUUACAUGCAAAGUUCUGUGAGCAUAUGUAUUUCCUUAAAUUCAUUAGCCUUUAUCAUAUGUCAAAUGGGGUUAAAACUCAAAUAAGAUUUAAAACACCAACACUUUUAGAAGAACUCAUAGGUCAAGCCCCUAACUCCUACUUGGAGUUGAAUUGUAGUGCAAAUUCCCACUUAUCCAGUGUUUCUAAGUGUAUGUUUUGACAGCAGUCUACAUGAAUUACCAAAUUUCAAGUUAUAAAAAAAUAAAAUAAAAUGUCAUACGAAACAUCAUUUUCCUCUGAAGAUCCAGAUGACACUUUAGAAUCUUUCGCAUGCCUCUGGUGCAAGAGCACCAACUGCUUUUGGGAUCCAGGGCAGUCCUUCUCUUUUUAAUACCCGCAAUAUUCCUGCAGAGCUGCAGCCCUGGGAGUCAGGUUAGGAAACCUGGAUCAGGAUCUCAUAGUUCCCUAGACCCAGAAUAUUCAAUAACCAGGAGAAUGGAGAAAGUUUCCUGAAGGUUGCUUCCUUAAUCCCAAAUAACUUAAUCCACUCGGUUUGGGAAUAGUUUAUUUGUUGUUUUUACCUUUAGUUUGUUACAUUGCCUGAAAUUCUACCAAUGGGAGAUGGAAAUCAAUGAAGCAAAUAUUUCAAAAAUGCAGUCACUCUUUAGUAUAGAUUUUGUACAUGAGAUUCCAUUUAAGGAAUGAGGAUAGAUGUUUUCAAAACAAGAUGAGGCAAGAGCAUGGAUUUUUUGGGGGGUAUUUACAGUGAACUUUGUCAGGAAAAGACGUAGUUCUGCACCCCAAUUUAUUUUUACUCUUUUGUAUGCUGAGUACCUAGGGAGAGUAAUGAGAGGACAACAAAAACUACAGGGUGCUUUUAAGAUACAUCCUUAAAUUCUGUGAUAUGCUUCCCAUCAGUAGGUAGAGCUUAAUUCCCGCUCCCAUUGAAUGUGGGCUGCUCUUAAUGAAUAGCUUGUGGCCCAUAAUGAACAGAAUAUGGCAGAAGUAUCAGUGUGUGACUUAUAAGAUGAGGUCAUAAAAGGCACUGCAGCUGCCUUCUUGUUCUCACUCUUGGAUCACUGGUACUGGGGGAAGUCAGAGCUACCACAUCAUGAGGAACUCAAGUAGACCCAUGGAAAGGCCUGUGUGAUGAGGGACUGAGGCCUCCUGCCAACAGCCAGAUGAGUGACUCAUAUUAUAAGUGGAUCCUCCAGCCCCAGGAGAGCCUUCAGGUGACUGCAGCCUGGGUAAUGCUGACUGAAACCUCGUGAAAGAUCCUGAGCAGAACCACCCAGGAAGGGAUGAAAGCUAAAUGGAUGUGUAUCAACAAGGGUUAGUACUGUGAGACCCAACUAUGGGAAAGAGAAGAAAGACCAGAAAUAGAUUGCCCAAGGACAGGUGGUUGCCUUCUUGGACAGGGAAGGGAUCAAAGAGAAGAUCCCUGGCCCUGGAGACCAUCUACCCUGUCACCAACCUACAGAACCAAGUUGUAUUAUUAGAUACGUUGGAACAAGAGAUUUCAAAAUUUAAAGAAUGUCAUUCUAUGUUGGAUAUUAAUGCUUUGUUCACUGAAGCAAAACACUAUCAUACCAAGUUGGUGAAUAUAAGAAAAGAGAUGCUGAUGCUUCAUGAAAAAACAUCAAAGUUAAAAAAAAGAGCACUUAAACUGCAGCAGAAGCGGCAAAAAGAAGAGUUGGAAAGGGAGCAGCAACGAGAGAAGGAAUUUGAAAGAGAAAAGCAGUUAACUGCCAAACCAGCUAAAAGGACGUGAGAAGUUGAAUGUUGGUGUCCUUCCUUCCCCUGUUCAUGUUCUGGAUUUGAGGCGACCCAGUGUAGACUGAAGUGAAGGUAGUGCCUUAUGCCUUCGUGUCAUAGUUUGAAAUCCUUUUCCCAGGAGUGCUGUCUCUCUGUCUUCAUUUCAGCCAUUCAAGAAGCCUUUUUUUCCCUAAGUAGAAGACAUAAUGUCACUUGGUUUGGAUACUUAUAUGUAAUUUUUCAACUUCAUUUUGUUUAAUUUUAAAAUUCAUUAUUUUGGCCUUAAGUAAUUUGUAAACUAAAAAAUGCUUUGAUAGUUUAGUAGUUUUGAUGCUAAGUGGUUAAAAAUUAGUAUUUUUUUUUAGCUUAUUAGUAAAUGUGGCUUUAAGAGUUUCGCUUUCUUAUUUUAUGAAAUGACUUGCCUUUGUGGUAGUACAGUGCUGGUUUUUGGCAGUUGCCUGUUCAUUGCUUGUUUAAGAAAAAAGGCCAUCUGGAAAAUCACAUAUGCCACUGGAAAAGAGGUGGUAGAAGCCUUUGUGAAGAACAUAAUAGAGAAGAGCGCACACAGGAAGCAAUGGCAUUGUAGGCACAGGAUAGGUGAGCAAGAUGCCGUAUGGGUUCCCCUCACCAUGUACCCUGUCUGCUUCCAGGCUUUGUCAUUGCUAUUUAGUUCUUAGGUUGCUUCUGGGUACGAAGUAGAUUAUACCUAUUGCUAAAAUUUGGUGGGAGUGGUGUAGCUUUCACACACGCAAAUAUGCUUAAAUAUUUGUAAUUCUUAGUAACAGUUGUCACACACCAUGAGAUACAGCUGUGAAGCUGAUAAGAUAAUUAACCCAACUUUCCAAGUGGAAAGGCUAAUUGCUAGUUCUGCCUGUCCUCUGAUGUGCUGUUUGGCCUUAUGUGUGAUUACUUUUUCUGUGCUCUUAAAAAAUUCUUAAAGUAGAAUGAUAUAUGCCAAGUACCCAUGUUAUAGAUAAUGACAAGAAUGGUGGAAAAUUAGUAAACAGCUUCUUCACAAAAGAGGCAGCAUGGUAACUUUAGUGUUUUCUAGACCUCCCCCCCCCAAUAAUAUAUGUGGAGAUUAUUAUGUGAGGGUAACAUUAUGAAGUUGCAUUGUUUUAAAGUGAGAGGUAUUAUUCAUUGUUUUAGUAGUAUUUAAUACCCAACUGAUGUACCAUCUCCAUUAAUAGAGACUGUACAGAUUAGAUUAGAUUAUAGAUUGUGAUUAGAAUGUGUAUCUUUUAUAAUCUACAUGACAUUUUUGGUAAGCUGGAAUUACUACCUCUGACUACGUAUCAGGCUAACUAAUGAUGGAGAAGGCCUUAGAUUUACAUCGAGUGCUAAGAAGUGAUCUUUUUAAAGGUUUGAAAAGUUUGAAAGCCUUUCUUUUCUUUAAUGAAUGACUUAUAAUCUCACAAUUCACUUGACUUUGACCUUAUGUUUAAGAAUAUAAAUAUAUUUCAUUUUAGAAGGCCACAUGUUGCCCUCAAACACUAGGUGAAACUCCUUGGGCAGGAUCAUUAGCGCUGGCAGGACAGUGUCACCUAAACUGCUGAAUGUACUCAUUUGUAUGUAACCUGACAAAGGCUGUGCAUUGUUCUUGGACUGGUUUGUGGGUCCAGCUGAGAUGAUUAUUUGACAUGGUGGUUCCUGGACACCAUUCUCAAUUUACUGAAGCAAAUCUGUUUGUUUUUCUUUACUUUUCUUUUUUUGAAAAGUUUCCUCAAGUGAUUAAAGUUGAGAACCACUGGUCUAGUGGUCUAGGUCAGAGGUUUCCAUGCUAGGCUGCAUAUUAUUAUCACCUGGAAGCUUUUAAAAAAUACACUCUGAAAGAUUUUUACUCAUUAGUUGUUAGGUAGGGCCCAUGCACAUUUUAAGGAGCCCCCUCAGAUAAGUCUAAUGCAAGGAAACGCUGAUGUAGACUUUCUAGUGAUUUAUAUUUAUAAGGAGUGAAAUAGUUUGAAACUACCUUGUAACUCUUGGGAUUAAUCUUAUGAAAUAAAUUCUUAAACUGCUGCUUUUGAUAUAAAUUCAGAUUUAAGACUGAACUUGAUAGCAGGCAGGAAAUAGGUAUAGAAUUCUGAUGAACUGAACUUUUGUGAUGUGUAUUAAAAUAAAUCAUGUUUAUUGAAUGAAUGGCAAGGCACAUAUACUUUGAAAAAUAUAUUAACUACAUUUUGAAGAGUUUUUAAAAUGUCGAGAAUAUAUAUUAGCAACCACUAUUUUUAGAUCAGCUGUAAAUCAGAAGUACUAUUACUUCGGUAUUAAAAUAUAAAACUUUAGCUAUAUAUCAGUAGCAUAUAGAUACAUCUUUCUAAAACUGAACAGAACCCCUAUGUUAGUCUUGCUGUAUUUUUGCACAAAGUAAUGAAUUGAUAACUUGAGUUGAAAAAGAUUACCUUUGGUGUUUUGGUUGAAAAAAAAAGUCAUCGUUUUGAAACUAUAUCACAUACUCGUAACUAAAAUUAUGGAAGUUAAUUUUAUAUUUACUUUGCAGGAGGUAUCAUGUAAAUAUACAGACGGUGAAUGUAGUAUGGAUUGUGUCCGCAGUGAGUUUUUGGGUGGAUACAGUUUAUAAAUAUGCCAGUUAUAUACCCUCAUACACUUGUCUGAUUUUGAGCUUGUAAAAUGAAGACUACUUUUUACACAUUUAAUAAAGAAAAAAAGGUCUCUGAA